UUCUCUGGACGUACUAAAAGCGUCCGCGAGCGCUCUUUCUGUCCUGUACUGAGAACCACGUGUGACUGAACGGUUUUUACCUGCGCCAUUCUCCAGUUAUCAGCUUUACUGUAAAAACAACCUUCAGUCAUGGUCAAGCUUGCUAAGGCAGCUAAAAAACAAGCGCAGCCGAAGAAAAAGGCACCUCCACCUCCCAAAGAUGUGGAAGAAUCCAGUGAGGAGGUGGAGAGCGAGGAAGAGGAAGAAGCGGCACCACCAGCUAAAGCUGUAGCAAAGAAAGCGACUCCAGCGAGGGCAGUGAAAAAUGGAAAAGCUGCUGCCAAACAGGAGAGUGACGAUGAAGAAUCUGAAGAGGAAGCUCCUCCUCCCCCAAAGAAGGCCACACCUGCUAAAGCAGCUGCACCUGCCAAGGCAGCUUCUGCCAAGAAAGCAGCACCAGUGGAGGAGUCUGAAGAUGAUGAUGAUGAUGAUGAUGAUGAGGAGGAGGAUGAUGAAGAAUCAGAAGAAGAGCCACCUCCACCUCCCAAGAAGGCAACUCCUGCCAAAGCUGCUAAGAAAGCAGCUCCUGCAGCCAAAGCAGCUGCAGCAAAGCAGGUGGAUGAGGACGAGGAUGAGGACGAGGAAGAUGAUGAAGAGGAAAUGGACACUGCUCCAGCGCCCAAAAAGGCAGGAAUGGUGAAGGCAAAGGAGGAAUCUGAGGAGGAGGAUGAUGAUGAGGAUGAUGAUGAUGAAGAUGAUGAGGAUGAUGAAGAUGAUGAUGAUGAAACCCCGGUCACUGCAACAAAAAGGAAAGCUGAGACCAAAAAAGAGAAGGGAACGCCACCGGCUAAGAAAGCUAAAACUGAUGGUGAAGGUUUCAGUCUCUUCUUGGGCAACUUAAACAGCAAUAAAGACUUUGAUGAAAUUAAGUCCGCAAUCACAAAGUUCUUCUCAAAGGAAGGUCUUGAAAUUCAGGACGUCCGACUUGGCGGGACCAAGAAAUUUGGCUACGUUGACUUCGCAUCAGAGGAAGAGUUGCAGAAGGCUCUGGAGCUCAAUGGCAAGAAGCUGAUGGGUCAACCGCUGAAAAUCGACAAAGCCAGAAGCAAAGAAAACUCACAGGAAAACAAAAAAGAGAGAGAUUCACGUACUUUGUUUGUAAAGAACCUGCCGUACUCCGUAACGCAGGAGGAACUGAAGGAAAUCUUUGACCAGGCUGUUGAUAUCAGGAUACCAAUGGGCAACAGUGGUUCUAGCAGAGGAAUCGCCUACCUCGAGUUCAAGUCCGAGGCAAUCGCAGAGAAGGCAAUGGAGGAGGCGCAAGGGACAGAUGUUCAGGGCCGUUCUAUCAUCAUUGACUUCACAGGAGAAAAGAGUCAGAAGGGCAGCAGAGCUGUUGCUCCUGCAAACAAAGUACUGGUUGUGAACAACCUUUCAUUCACUGCAAAUGAAGACUCCCUCCAGAGUGUGUUUGAGAAGGCCGUGUCCAUCAGAAUACCUCAGAACAAUGGCAGACCAAAGGGAUAUGCGUUUUUAGAGUUUGAGAAUGUGGAGGAUGCCAAGGAUGCGCUGGAGAACUGCAACAACACAGAAAUCGAGGGCAGAAAUAUCAGAUUGGAGUUCAGUCAGAACGACAGAGACCGAAGCAGUGGAGGCGGAAGAGGAAGCUCUGGACCUACAAAAACCCUGUUUGUCAAAGGUCUGUCAGAAGACACCACAGAUCAGUCUCUGAAAGAGGCUUUUGAUGGAGCCGUCAAUGCCAGAAUCGUGACCGACAGAGACACCGGAUCAUCUAAAGGGUUUGGUUUCGUAGACUUCGAUAGCGAAGAAGACUGCAAGGCGGCCAAAGACGCCAUGGAUGACGGAGAGAUCGAUGGAAACAGAGUCACUCUGGACUACGCCAAGCCCAAGGGCGAGGGCGGCCGCGGGGGCGGCAGAGGUGGUUUUGGAGGUGGUUUCGGAGGAGGUUUCGGAGGACGCGGCGGUGGACGGGGUGGUUUCGGAGGCCGAGGGGGCGGCAGGGGCGGUGGCUUCAGGGGAGGACGUGGAGGAAGAGGCGGCGGCGGCGGCUUCAGAGGAGGAAGAGGCGGUGGACGAGGUGGAUAUGGAGACAAACCACAAGGGAAGAAGAUCAAGUUUGAUGAAUAAGUCUGUAACUGAACUGUUUCCAUUUGCUUAAAUCCACAUUGUCAGAGCGUUUCUAGGACAUUCCAGAAAGCAUCAGUAACUGUACAGCGACCCCCGACCCCUGACCCCUCGCUCCCUUUUAACUGUGUGAGUUCUGAAACGUCCCAACUAUCCACGUGAAAAUUAAAUGUGAAUGUUGUAAUUAUGCUCUGCUGGUUUAGGUACAUGUUGUACAUGCAACAGUUUGUUUUUUUUUUCUUUCAUUAUGGUGUGCAUCUCUCCCCACCCCACCCCCCCACCCAAAUUUUAUUUAAUUUUCACAUUUCUUUUAAGUUGGCUUUAGGUGCAAGUUUAAUGUGCAGUACCUUUUUUUUAAUGUGCAAAGCAUAUUGUAACAUAUACAUGGAAUUGACGCCUAUUUAGUAUUUAGAGAUGUAAAUCUAUUUGAAAUUUGAAUGGGAUUAAGAUGGAUAACAAGUGUGUUGUAAGGCUUAUGUCAGAUUUAUGAACUAAAUUUGGCUUGUGACUGAGGGUUUUGCUUUUUUCCAGUUCAGAUUUUUCAUAAUGUAAAGAACCAUUUUGAUUAAACAUGGUUUUUAAACUC